AUAGCCUAUGUCUUAUUUUUGAAAAAAGUAUUGCUAGUGAGGACAGGUGGUUAAUGCCUAAAUUAAUACAGAAAAGAGGAUACGAUUUGUAUGUCAAGAAUUUUUUUAAAAAAAUGUUAGAUCCAUCACAAUUUACCAAUUAUAUUUUUGUUGAAGGCGAAACACUUAUAAAUGAUAUUAUAAAAAUCGGGUUUUUGCCCAAAUUUAUAUUUCACACUCCUUUAUACGAUAUCAAAAACAUUUUAAACAAUGUAGAGUCUAGUAACGAAAUUGAUUGUUUUGAAAUAAAAUCAAUCACAAUGAAAAAAUUAACACAAGUUCUAACACCUCCAGGAAUUGGUGGCAUAUUCUAUAAGCCAGAGUAUGAUAAAAUAAUUGGUAAAUAUACCAAUUCAUUUCCAAUCAAUAUAAUCUGUAAUAAUGUAAGGGAUCCUGGCAAUAUGGGAACCUUAAUUAGAACAAUGGCUGCAAUUGGGGCCAAGCAAAUGAUAAUAAUUAGUGGUUGUGUCAAUCCAUGGUCACCAAAAGUUAUUAGGUCAGCUGCAGGAGGCCAUUUCAGAAUACCUGUAUUAGAAAUUAAUAGUCUCAAUGCAUGUAUUGGUAAAAAUUAUAUUAAUCCACAAACAACUACGUUGAUAAUUGCUCAAAAUAUUGAUCCUAACUCCAAAAUUGCUAAUAAUUUAAAAAUAAUCACUCCAAAUAUUGAUUAUAAUAAAUUAAACAAAAAUCACAUUCAUCCUUCAACAGAAAUCGCCUUAUUACUAGGUAAUGAAUCAUGGGGUUUUGAAUAUAUUAAUACAUCUUCUAUAUUUUUUAAAUCCCCUUGGGCCAAAAUUAUUUCUACCUAUAUUCCUAUGGAAAGAGAAACUGAUAGUUUAAAUGUUACCAUUGCAGCGUCUAUUUUAGCUUCUUUUAUCAAAAGAUUCUAUUAUAUUUAGUAAAAAUCAAAACGAAUAUAUUGUAAAUAUAUUAUUUCCCCAUAAAUAAUUAUUGUAAUUUAUUGAUUCUUGUAAUAAAUGUAUCAUAUUUCAUAUACAACAUUUUUUAAAAAAAGAAUUCAAGUUUUCUUAUAACUAGUAUCAACAAAAUGAAUAAUUAUGGCAUUUAAUUUUAUGAUUGUUUAGGCUUACACAUAGUAUUGUUAAAUAACUCGUUUUGAGCCGAUUUUUAAAAACGACUAACUCAAUAUUUUAGCCAGAAAAAAUAUUGCCUAAGCUUCGAGAUUUGGCUACUAGAUGCCCAAACCUCUGUUCCUUCUACAUACAAAAUCUUCAGGCUUUAGCCGUUUUUAAAAAUCGGCUCAAAUUGAGCCGUUUAACAACACUACUUACACAAGAUAUAUGUUUAACCAUACAAUAUACAAAUUAUAGGACUAUAGCUAUAUGACCUGAAAAAUUAGAAUUUAUGGUUGGAAGAUUUUUUAUUAAUGUUUAACUGAGAUAAAUAUACUACUCAUAGUCUUGUUUCUAAAUUUUUGCAUUGAUAUUUUAUUAAAAUUCAGUCAUUAUUAUUUUUAUCAGUAACCAGAUUAAAAAUAAAAUAGAAAUUCUAUAAAAAAAAUCAAAUUAAAGACAAUAAAUAAAUAAUAGGGCCUUAUAAGCUGGAUAAGUGUAGAAGUGGGACGAGUAUUAAAAAUUUUUUUUGCUAGAAAUUAGGGAUCAAUAUUUUUUAUCGGAUCAGGCCGAUAUUUCACCCAUUUUAAAAUAUCGGUUAUCGGCCAAUAUUAUAAAAUUUUCCGAUCCGAUCCUAUAUAAAAUGGCGUUUUUAAUAAAAAUAAAAUGUUAUAAAUUUUUUUAAAUAAAAUCAUUUAUUUUUAUAAAUAAAAUCGAAAUCAAUUUUAUGUUUAUUUUUUUAAUAAUAAUUAAUUAAUACACAUUCUGCCAUAUUAUUAUUUUUUUUACGCAUUCUAUAUAUAAAAAUGUGCGAUAAUCUCUUCAGAAAGUUUUUAGUGAAGCUGGUGAUAUUGGCAGUUACCAUUGCAGCAGGCUAACCUCUGAUAAAAUGGAAAUUUUGGUAUUUUUAAGAAGAAAUCUUCGAUAUAUUAAUGUUAAA